GGCUAAGGUCUUGUCCCUGGGAAUAUUGCACAAUGUGACCUGCUUCCCCCCUCCCCGAUAACCAGUGUAUAAAUGCCUCGUUUACAGGUGGUUCCAGCAGUCAGCAUCAACAUUUGGUUGUGUUCCCCGUUUCUGCCCCUGUAGAAGUAACUAGUGUUGAUGAGGAUGAUCCUGGUGGCUCUGCUGGUGCCUCUACUGGUUCUGUCCAGCGCUGGACAUACCUCAGGUACGAUUGUCACCAGCUGCGAGGCGUGUCACGAACAAGCCGUCUGCCACACCUCGCCCAUGACAGGUGACAUCACAUGCACCUGUAAGAAGGGCUUCUCCGGAGAUGGCCUCAUCUGUUUACCUGGCCACACCGCCACCGCCGACCACCACCACGCCCCUCACCGUGUCCGCCGCUCCUACCCCACCUCCAACACCAACCUUGCCCAUGUCCGGUUCAGCUGUGGCUUCAACGAGUGCGCCGACGGGGAGGACUGCAUCACGGUCGCCGGCAUCCAGCAGUGCUCCAACCCCUGUAAGAUCUACACGGUCCUGAACGACGCCUGGCGUUCCACCAACAACCACGUGGGCAACAAGCACUGCGACCGCAACGUCCGCUGGGACGGCUAUUACCGCAUGUUCAUCGGCAACCAGAGCGUGUCCAUGUCGGACAGGUGCGUGGAUUCCUUCCAGUGCGGCACCCAGGCUCCCUUGUGGCUGGCGUUUCCUCCCCCCCAGCAGGUGGAUGAAAUUGUCCAGAGUGCAGUCUGCGCCAGCUUCAAUGGGGACUGCUGCUGGGUGCAGUCUCAGCCCAUCCACGUCAAGGCAUGCCCUGGGAACUACUUUGUGUACAAGUUCGUCAUGCCUCCCGGGUGCUUCUUCGCCUAUUGUGCAUAUGUGUCAGCUCCCACCACAACACCAAAACCAGUCACAACAACAACCACAACAACAACCACCACAACAACCACAACCACAACAACACAAACCCCUGUAAAGGUCACGAAGACAACAAAUGCACCUGUAAAAGACACCACAACAACACAAACACCUGUUAAGAUCACCAUGACAACACAAACACCUAUUAAGAUCACCACGACAACACAAACAUCCGUAAAUAUCACCACUACGACAAAAUCACCAGUGGAUGUUGUCACCUCGACAAAAACACCAGUAGACAACAAUCGCACCACAACAACAACACAGUCACAGGUUGCCACGACUACGCCAAAAGCAAUGUGUAGUACCUGCAGAGCGGGGGAGACCUGCGUGAGCACCGAUGGGGUCACUUGGCUGUGUGAGAGGCCAGAUCAGCCUGUUUUGCUGCACCCAGAGGUAGUAUGUGGGCGGAGCCUGGUACAGGUGGGUCUCAACAGGACUAACCUGGAGGCCGCUGGUCUGGACGCCACCACCGCUAACCUGGCCGACCUCGU